GCUCAUUUGAUCGAAGAGGUGGAGGUCUCAAAUAUCAAAAGUCUCGAGAAGUAGGUCACCAUGACUUCACACCGUCACAAACCUCUUUGGACGGGCUACUGACUUUUGGGGAGUAUGUCUGGACCUACGCAGACCUCAUCAGAGGGCCCUUCUGGUCCAUCCUACCGCGGAGGAUCAUCGAGCAAGCCUUCGAAUAGAUCUCGCUUCCAGGCCAAUAACAAAAAGUACGGUACGCCUUUACCAAUCCUUCUUCCAUCUUCACCACUGCAUCCAGCCUAUCAAGCACCAUCAAGGGACACUGUUGGCUCACGUUCAAGCUUUAUCUCAACGUUCCUCUCGGUCUUUGAAGCUCCUGUCAAGGUGGAAGUCCCGCAAUGCGUAGGAGUAUUUGAUCCUCUGACUCGAUCAGUCUGGAUCACCGAUCCCAAAGACAUGGCGAUUCUAUUCAAUCGGGGAUUCUUUGGGAAAGGGACUUUUAGUCGCAGUGAACCUACGUGGAAAUCAAGAAGAUUGGACCAAGUGCGAGGCGGGCAGUCUGCGGCGGCAGAGAAGUUGAGGGAGAAGCGACGAUUGGAGCGAAAGCAGUUCAAGAUUGACCGAGCAGAAGCCAUGCUGUCCGCUGCUAAAGCCGCCGAGCAAGUUCUGGUCACUGGUCAAAUGCCGUCGGAACAUGGACCAGAUGAGGUUGCGGAAGGCUCAAACGGGGAUGCGGGCAAUGGCGAGGAGGGUAAUCUAUCUGGACGAGCGGCUUCACCGGCUCUCACGACCGGCACCGACGUCGACCUCAGUACCCUGACACCUCAGACAUUCCUUGUUCGACCGACUCGACCUGAUGCGAAUCGGAAUCGUGGAAAAAAUGCUUUCAAGAGGAGACCGAAACCUGUAACAUCUGUAAACGGAACGACUGUCGAAGCUGGGCCCUCGAAUGCAAUGCCGUCGUCCUCCUUGCCAAGAUCCGGCGUAUCAGACCAGGAGGCUCCAUCUGUACAGCCUGCUGUGGUCGUUGUGCCAGAUGAUUACGAGCAAGAUCUCAGCGAGGAUGACUUUGAGGAGUCCAUAGUGGAGGAUCUGGAGCAUCUCCAAUUGGGUCUCGAAGAGGCCUGGUUCUUAUCUUCAGGUAUCGGAGUCUUGAAGAUAUACGAUACAAAGACACAAUCAUUUAUCCCCAGGGAAUCGGUUCUGGCCUUGCUUCAGACCUCGCCAGUCUCAAGGGUGCCGAAGACCCCAACAGCUCCCCCGCGAUUAUUCCCCGAUGACCCCUUCCUCAUCUCUUACGCCUGUUACCACCACUUCCGAUCCCUCGGUUGGGUCGUCAAACCAGGGAUAAAGUUCUCAGCAGAUUGGUUAUUAUAUCGGAAAGGACCAGUCUUUAGUCAUGCCGCAUUCUCCCUUGUCAUUGUUCCUGUGUAUGCAAGCUCUGAAGACCGACGAAAAUCCCCCUACGCCGGGCAAGAUUGGUUCCAGGAAAGGAUGAGCUGGAAAUGGAUAAGCACAGUUAUGCGGGUCAACUCGCUGGUUCAAAAGAAUGUCAUCAUGAUCUACGUCACGGUCCCGUCAGUCGCAUCUUUUGAUGCCUCACUGAAGUUCGGCGAUGGAUCGCUCGAUCCCAAAAAAGUCGACAUGAAGGCAUUGCUUCGACAUUAUGCAAUUCAAGAGGUGUCACUGAGUCGUUUCAGCCCAGCGAGGAGACGAUAGCGGUUGCGCUCUCCGUUUGACUUGCCUGUGUCGUCAUGAAAUUCAUACGGACA